AUGUCAUCCUCUCCGUUUCGAAUCGUCGAGCAUGUCGUGCCUUGCCAGCACCUUCGCGAGUAUCCUGCCGCCACGGCCAACGAGCAGGAACAGCCCUUACACCUCGCCGUGAAACAAUACAUCCCACUCGACAACCCGAAUCCGCAACCCGGCGAUGUGACCAUCCUUGCUGCACAUGCCAAUGGCUUUCCCAAAGAGCUAUAUGAGCCUCUUUGGGAGGAAAUCCACGCUCGAUCUAAAGCCAACGGAUUCCGAAUUCGAAGUAUCUGGAUGGCCGAUGUCGCACAGGAAGGCGAGAGCAGCGUUAUCAAUGAGGAUUCUUUAGGCAAUGACCCUAGCUGGUUCGAUCACCCCCGGGACCUCCUCCACCUGGUCAACGUUAAGCGCGCCGAGAUGCCCCGGCCCAUCAUCGGCGUUGGCCACAGCAUGGGUGGCGCACACCUUACACAACUGAGCUUGAUGCACCCCCGACUGUUACACACCCUGGUGCUACUGGACCCUGUCAUCCAACGGCAGACCACUCAACUCGACACGCUAAGCAUGCUCGAGCGCAAGCGUAUCAUCGCAAAGACCACCCAGCUAUCCACCCACCGACGCGACCUCUGGCCGUCCCGCCAAGCUGCCGCAGAAGGCUUCAAGCGCAGCCCCUUCUAUCAAGCCUGGGAUCCGCGCGUUCUAGACCGCUGGGUCAAGUAUGGCCUCCGCGACCUCCCCACGGCCAUCCACCCGCUCGAUCCCAACACCGUUAUAGACAAGAAGAACCCACCAGUCACAUUACGAACCCCCCUUCACCAAGAAGUCUUCACCUUCUCGCGUCCAAACUAUAACCACAUCCCGGGCAGCGACAAGCCCGUCAACCGCGUAACACACCCCGACCUAGACGCCGACCACCCAGACUCCCACCCAUUCUAUCGGCCCGAGCCGGCGCGAAUCUUCUCUCAACUACCACACCUACGCCCUAGUGUGCUCUACAUCUUUGCCGGCAAAUCAGACAUGUGUCUUCCAGAUAUGAUGGCCGACAAGCUCACGAACACCGGCACGGGUCUCGGCGGUAGUGGCGGCGUUGCAAAGGGCCGCGUGCGAGACGUCUAUCUCAAGGACUUUGGCCACUUACUCGCUCAGGAAGCUGUAAAUGAAUGUGCCGAUGCAGCGGUCUGCUGGCUGGCGCCGGAGUUGCGGCGCUGGCGCGAUGAGGAAGAAAGCUUCCGGUCGGUGUGGAGUAAGAAGUCUAGGAUUGAGAAGAUGACGGUUGAUAAGCAGUGGAUGGAGAAUGUUCCUGCGCCGGCCCGUCGGCCGAAGAAUGGUGAGCAGAAGGCUGGUGGGUCAAAGCUGUGA